UCGCCUUCACUCUGGUCGUGUUUCCGUUUGUUUUCCAUCCCAUUUCUCGUUCAUCCUCUCCCUGUCAAUUGUCGCGAGUCUUCUCCUUUUUUUUUUCGUUUUUUUAUAUAUAGAAACAAAAAAACCCCGCAAUAUCUCCUCCAUUCUUGGAUUCACCUCAACCUCAACCAGCUCGCGAAUUUACAGCCUUUUGAUCAAUUUACUUCCUCCUCCUUCUCCUUUAUAAGCCCCGACCUGGUGCUCGUCUUCCUCCUCGUCUUGCUAGUUUUGCACCGGAGAAAAAUUCAUUGCCUUCUUCUGAAUCUCUUCUUCCUCCGAGGAGAGCAUUUCUUGCUUUGGUUUGUGUUUUCUUGGGUGUGUCAGGCACAAGUCCGACCUUCCAUGGCCAUCGCCUCCCGCAUCCAGAAGCGCGUGCUUGCCUCCUUCGCCGCCGCCGCCGCAGCCAAGCUCCCGGAGGCGGCCGUCGCGGCCGCCGGAGGCGCCGCAGAGGCGGUGGAGGAGGUCGCGUCUUCCGUGCAGGAGCAGGUGCAGGCGCAGGGAGCGCAGGUGUUGGAGUUUGGGGAUACCGAGAGGCUGUUCGCCGGGGAGAGGUCGACGUCGCUGGUGCGCACGCUCGCCGUGCUGCAGGCGCUGUCGGUGGGCCCGCUCGUGGACGUGGCGACGGCGGCGCUGAGGUCGCCGGCGGUGGCCGGGAGCGCGGCGGGGCGCGCCGCGGCGAGGGCCACCGCGUACCAGCACUUCUGCGCCGGGGAGACCGCCGAGGAGGCCGCCGCGGCGGUGCGCCGCCUCUGGCGCGGCGGCAUGGGCGGGAUCCUCGACUACGGCAUCGAGGACGCCGAGGACGGCCCCGCCUGCGACCGCAACGCCGCCGGAUUCCUCGCCGCCAUCGACGUCGCCGCCGCGCUGCCUCCUGGCUCGGCGAGCGUGUGCAUCAAGAUCACGGCGCUGUGCCCGGUCGCGUUGCUGGAGAAGGCGAGUGAUCUGCUGCGGUGGCAGCAGAAGCACCCGGCGACGAAGCUGCCAUGGAAAGUGCACGGGUUCCCGGUGCUGUGCGUCUCCAGCCCGCUGUACCUGACGGCGGCGGAGCCGCCGGCGCUGGAGGCGGAGGAGGAGAGGGAGCUCGAGAUGGCGCACGGGCGGCUGCUGGCGAUCGGCGAGCGGUGCGCGGAGUACGACAUCCCGCUGCUGGUGGACGCCGAGUACGCCACCGUGCAGCCGGCGAUCGACUACUUCACGUUCGCCGGCGCGCUGGCGUUCAACGGCGGCGGGAGGCCCAUCGUGCACGGCACCGUCCAGGCCUACCUCCGCGACGCGCGCGACCGGCUGGAGGCCAUGGCGCGAGCGGCGCAGGGCGAGCGCGUGUGCCUCGCGCUCAAGCUGGUCCGCGGCGCGUACCUGGCGCGCGAGGCCCGCCUCGCGGCCUCCCUCGGCGUGCCGUCGCCGGUCCACCGCAGCAUCCAGGACACCCACGACUGCUACAACGGCUGCGCCGCGUUCCUCCUCGACCGCGUCCGCCGCGGCGCCGCCGCCGUGACGCUCGCCACGCACAACGUCGAGUCCGGGCAGCUCGCCGCGGCGAGGGCGCUGGAGCUCGGCAUCGGCGGCGGCGGCGACCGCGGCCUGCAGUUCGCGCAGCUGAUGGGCAUGGCGGAUGGCCUCUCGCUCGGCCUCCGCAACGCCGGGUUCCAGGUGAGCAAGUACCUGCCGUACGGUCCAGUGGAGCAGAUCAUCCCGUACCUCAUCAGACGAGCAGAGGAGAACAGGGGAUUGCUCUCGUCUUCCUCCUUCGACAGACAGCUGCUCCGGAAGGAGCUUGUGAGGAGGUUCAAGGCUGCAAUGCUGGGACGUGAGUGAAAGUGAGGUGGCAGAAGACUGAGGCUGCCUUAUCUGUUUGUGUUGCUACUGGGACUUGGGAGUGAAGCGAUCGAGUCAUGAGUAGAAGUCGUAAACUUGUAAAUACUCCUAUCAUUCUGAAAAAAGAACAGACAUUGGUGUAUCAAUCGAUAGUGAUCUCUGAAUAAACUGAAUCAUCAACGAAAUGAUGUGCUCGUGCUGCACUGAUCUUAUCUUGAA